CAAUCCACGUGACGUCACAUGUAAACACCAGCAGCACCCAUGGCCUGCUGGUCCUCCUCACCCUGUCAGCUGAGCAACGAUGUUACAAAUAAAGAACCGCAUGAGAUACAGCACGCCGGGUGUCGCCGCCGUGAAGCUGUUCUCCUCCCGCCCCGCCAAAAACCCCUCCGUGUUUCUGGACAUCGAGGCCGACAGUGAGCCUCUGGGAAGAAUAACAAUUGAGUUGAAUGCAGUUGUAGUGCCAAAGACUGCAGCAAACUUCAGAGCACUGUGCACUGGGGAACCUGGCUUUGGAUUCAAGGGAUCUGUGUUUCACAGGAUCAUACCUGGGUUCAUGUGUCAGGUAAGAUUAAAAGUGAAAAUGCACAAUAAGUGUUGUUUGCCAUGUUGUCUGAAUCUGUGUUUUCUGUUACAGGGGGGAGAUUUCACUGACUACAAUGGCACAGGGGGGAAAUCUAUAUAUGGGAAGACUUUCAAUGAUGAAAACUUCAAAUUAAAACACACAAGCCCAGGAACUCUUUCGAUGGCAAAUUCAGGGCCAAACACAAACGGCUCCCAGUUCUUCAUCUGUACGGCUAAAACUGAAUGGCUCGAUGGUAAACACGUGGUCUUCGGGCAGGUGAGGGACGGUAUGGACGUGGUCAUCAAGAUGGAAUCCUUUGGUUUACACGACGGUGGGGUGCUUAAGAAAAUUGUCAUCACUGACUGUGGGGAGAUUAAAUAACACUCAAAAUCACAAGUGGACUUCUGUUUGAUGACUCGCCGUGCAACAAUUUGGUAUUUACUUUAUCUUUCGUCGGGGAGAAACUGUCACAGGUGAUUUUGGCCCUGAAACUGAGAGCCCAAUGUCGGGAAUUUUCGCUGCUUUGUUUCAUCUUUGUAUCCUAACAACGGUUUGUAUAUCCCAGUCCUCGAUUUUCCUUUUUCCCCCUUUUCAUUUAACAAACACAGACUACCACCGCCAGCAGGUAUGGAUAUAUUUUUCCUAUAUGCAGAGUCAGACACAGAACUUACAGUAUAGUUAGCCGUUAACUGUUUUCUUUUUGCAUUGUGUUCUUUUUGACACAGAUGCAAAUCUUAAAACCUGAUAUUUCUCUGUUGAUAAUGAUGUUCAAAUAUAUAUCUUUUAUAUUGGGACUUGACCCAUUUACUUUGUGUACAAGCGCUCAGUCGUCCACCAUGUAAACUGUUCUUAUUAUGCAAUUACUCUCCAUUUACUGCCAAAUAAAAUGACUGUUUUCAGAUGUUA